AUGGGGCGCAACCUUCAGUGGUACCCGUACUGGAGCUAUGGCGGCCAUGGCGCCAACAACGGCGCCGGAUACGAGAGUUUCCAUGGCGGCUACACCUGGUAUGACUACGGAUACGGUGGCUGGGGCUGGGGAAACGAACAGCAUUACGAGCCGGGACGGACAAAGCAUGCCAGAGGCAAAUCCUCCCGGACUCGAGUGCAGCCAUCAAUGGAUUUCGUCACGGAGUUCAUCCUGAGCCUUCCCGAGGUGAGAGGAAAGAGCCCCGCAGAAAUUGCGGCUGUGCUCACGUGCGCGGCGUCGAAGAUCGACGUCUAUGAGGAUUAG